ACUACGUAACUAUUUUGAGCUGAAUCACUAAACUGAUCUGAGGUGAAAACUGAAAACGCAGAAAUGAUUUCAGGCUAGUCCCCACUUCCCAGAUAUUCGACUUAGUAAGAGUGGGGGGAUAUGGAUAUCAGAGUUAUUUCCGAUUGAUAAAGAAAUUGGACAAUCGGUGCAAUGGCGACCCAGUUUGUGAGGAAGGAAGUGGUUCCCUUUGCGGUAAUGCUGAUGGUGGAGAGCUGUGAGAUGUCGAUUACGAUUCUGGGGAAAGCAGCCAUGAAUGCCGGCCUCAAAACCCUCGUUUACAUCACUUACUACAACUCUCUCGGCACUCUCCUCCUCCUUCCCUACUUCGCCUUCUUCCGUACCCACAGAACUCAUCCUCUUCCGAUUACCUUCUCUAUUCUCAGUAGAUGCUUCAUCCUCGGCUUGCUUGGGAUUUGUUUGCUGCAGAUCCUUGCUUAUACAGGGAUCAAAUACACCUCUGCAACACUGGCCGCAGGAAUCGGAAAUUUGAUGCCUGGUUUUACCUUUCUUCUUGCCGUCAUUUUCAGGAUGGAGAGGUUAGAUUUGAGAGAAGUUACUAGUCAGGCAAAAUCGGUUGGUACCGUAGUAGCAAUUGCAGGGGCCAUGGUGAUGACUCUGUAUCAAGGACCAACCAUCUUUGGUUCUUCACCUUCUUCUGGUUCAUCUCAUCCAUCUCUUUUGUCACAAAACCCAACCUGGGUACUUGGAGGGUGCCUCAUCACUCUCACUUGCCUUGUGUCUUCUGGAUGGAAUAUUCUUCAGACAGCUACUUUGAAAGUGUACCCAGAGCAACCCACGGUAGUGUUCUUCUUUUGCGUCUUUGGAACCUUGCAAUGUGUAAUUUACUCUGCAAUAUCUGAGAGAAAUCUUGAUGCUUGGUUGAUGCUUCCAAGCAUUGGAGUUAUAGCCAUUGUUUUCUCAGCUGUGUGUGGGACUGUGUUUCGUGCCAAUGUCAUAAGUUGGUGUUUGGAGAAGAAGGGUCCUCUUUAUGUAGCCGUGUUCAAACCUAUGGGAGUUAUUAUUGCAGCAAUUAUGGAGAUCCUAUUCCUGGGAUCUCCUCUUCAUUUGGGAAGUAUGAUUGGAGCUUUUAUCAGUUCAGUUGGAUUUUAUACGGUGUUAUGGGGGCAAGCGAAAGAGAAGGCAAUGAUCGAGCUUGACGGUGUUGAUCAUGAGUCCAAGUCAUUAGUCAAUAGAGCCCCUCUGUUGAAGUAAAAUAGCAUCUGAUGGUAAUUUAACAACUUGCAUUUGAAGGUGGGCUAUUUAUUCAUAUCUAAUAAGGAUUCAUGAACAUUUGGUAUGUACGGAGUAUUUUUUAUAAAUAUAAAACAACAAAUUAUAAUAUACUCAUAAUUUAUGAACAUUGAUCGCAUAAUAGAUGUAUGUGUAUCGAUCUGCGGGUGCAAGUAUUUGGAUUUGUUUAAUAGACGUAUCAGACAAACGAGAUGUCAUACUAGGGGAGGAGCUUAGUUCAUUAGAACGUAAAGUUCAAAAGAUGUGGCGAGGCAAACUGCAAUAAAUGCAAGGAUCUCAGGUCUUACGUAUUUGAUUAAAGACUUUGAUUAAAUUAUUGUAGUGAUGUUACAUCCAACUUAAAUUUAUAAGAUGUUCAAUGAAUUAUAC